UUAUUAGACGCUCGACUUUGUUUUCUACGCUCAGUGUGGCACUGGUGCGAUCACCGGGCAGAUUCACGCGAUCGUUCGCACGCGGUGCACAGUCGACGCGCAUUUUUCACUUACAGUCUCUCACUCUCCAAGUCUCCUCCGAGCCGAUAAAGUACCUACCUCUCUGUUAUAACCGCCGUCGUUCCUUUUCGCGAUCUGGCAUAUUACAAUAAUAUUGUAAUCAAUAUGGUUUUGUCGAAAAUAAUAGCGUGCGUCGUCAUGGUGGUGCUGCCGUCCGCGGUCGUUCAGUCGAACCGAGACUUUGCUCAUCGUUUGACUACUAUUGAAGAUCUAGCCACGCGCGACAACGUCAUAAACGUGCCGGUAGCUUUGCCCACCGGUUACGUUGUGAACAGACCGUCUCAAAACAUAGCUGCCGCUGGAGAUCGUGUGGAUGUUAACAAGGAACCGAGCAAAGAAGUUUCAGAAACUGAUAUGUAUUUACUAGGAGCUAUUGAAAAAUUGGUACAUAGAAUGGACUUAAUGGAAAAACGAUUGAAACGAUCGGAAGAACUCAUUCAACACAUUGUAGAAGGAAACGCAGCCAACAGAGAAGAUCCUUGUCCGGGAAAUUUCACGCGUAUCGCACAUGCCUGUUAUCACUUUAGCGAGAGACAGUAUAACUGGAAGUCGGCCAUGUCGAUGUGCAAGAGUUUGGGCGGAAAUUUGUUAGAGUUCGACAACAAAGACGAACAGAUUGACGUGCUGACGUACCUUAUCGGCGACAAGUACCUAAGAGGUUACGACUAUUGGACGGGUGGCCUAAACCCGGGACUGCUGUGGAUAUGGGCCAACAGCGCUCGGCCUGUGGUGCCCAAGGACUCGACGAGGCCCGAGGACCAGAUCACUGGGUCCGGCCGGUGUCUGCGCCUCACCCCGAACGCCGCGACCAAGGUAUACUCUUACUCGGGGGCCGAGUGCAGUAACCGGCACCGGUACGUGUGCAAGCACGAGGACAACGCCACUGAAAAGGCGCUGACCAGGAUACACAAGGCGCUUAAGGACGGAGGCCAGCAGCAGAAGCCGACGACGACGGUCUUCGGUUCAUCGCCACUGAUCGUGGCGGCCACCGUAUAACCGUAUUAUUCACUAUACCUACUUAUUCAACUAUACCUAUACAGUAAUCUAUUGUACAUUGUAUGUGAUAAGUAUGAGUAAUCCGAGCAAAACUACCUAUAUAUUAUAAUACGUGAAUAAAUAAUAAUGAAUAUUGUGAAUUCGACAAGUCCUACGAAAAUAUUCAAAUGGCUAAUGGCUAUGAAACUUAACAUCGUAUAAGACGCGAGAUUAAUUUAUUAUUUUUAUGUACCUAGUAUUAUUAUGUUAUAGGUAUUGUAAGUAUUUUUUUUUUAUUUAUAAAUAUUAUAAAUUAAUAAUUAUUGUUGUACCGCUGGUCGACGUACGUACUCCUUAUAUUUUACGCAUUAUGUCAUAUUUAUUUUUAUUACACGUUCCACGGAAUUAUAUUAUAAUAAAAUA